GUGCGGCUGCGCCCGCAUGCAAAUUAGUCGAAUAGAUGCACCUACGCGAGACGCACGUAUUUCAUUUCUCUGCCCCGCCCCGCACCCCUCACUAACAGUGGCGACGGGCUGUACCUUUAAUUAUUACGCGUGCAAAAAUAAAUAGUGAUCAUGGCUAAAGUGUCGAUAGGAGCGUUAACCAUGUUUAACCAUGAAGUGCAAGAUUGGUUAGUGUUCAAAGAACGUCUGGAACAAUGGUUCGUAGCCAACGAUAUAGACGCCACGGUGGACAAGGCCAAGUGUAAGCGUCGAGCUAUAUUGUUGAGCAGCCUUACCGAGGGUUCAUAUAAGCUGCUGAGGGACUUAGCAUUACCCAAGGUCGUGGGAACCCUAGAGUAUGAUGAACUGGUGAAACUUUUGGAUGGUCACUUAAAAUCGGCAAAGUGCGGGUUUGCGGAGCGCAACAGGUUCUACUCGUCGACUCAAAAAUCUACAGAAAGUAUGGCAGAAUGGGCAGCACGCAUUCGUGGACUAGCAGUCGACUGCGGGUUUUCUGCCACAACUUUAGACGAAACGCUUCGAGAUCGCUUUGUACUCGGUAUGACCCCGGGGCAUGAGCGAGAUAAGCUCUUCACCAUGGAUAUGGAGAAGUUGACCAUUACUAAAGCACUGGAAGUAGCGGAGAGGAUCCAGUGUGCUCGGCAGGGCGCUGCACAGGCGUUACCGGCGGCAUCGAGCACGCUGCCAUGUCCCGACGUGCCAGUGUAUAAAAUGGCGCCGGUUCCACGUGGCGCGAGGCCUGGCGGCGCAGGAGGGAGCUUCGGUAGCGGUAGCAUGAACCAAAAACCACAGGUGGUUUGUGCGGCUUGCGGUUAUGAAGGACAUGAAGUGGCUACGUGCAAGUUUUCUCGGUAUAAGUGCGGUAAAUGCGGCUUAAAGGGUCACCUACGGCGCGUGUGUCCCGGCAGAAAAGUGUAUCGUCAAAAUUAUAUCGGUGGUGAACACGGUGAUGUGGAUGCUGAUGCUGGCGAUGAUGUUUUCGCAGUGUAAACAUUACGGCGGCAAGCGAGUUGUUGACUUUAAACUGAACGAUAUAGUUUUAGUUAAAAUGUACAGUGCACAAAAAAACUAUUGGGUGAAGGGAACAAUAAUUGAACAAUUAGGUAAAAGUUUGUACACUGUCAAGUUAAGUGGUUCUCAAAACAUUAUUAAAAGACACGCUAACCAACUUCUGAAAUUAAAUGGGGAGGAAGGAUAUCAAGGAUAUCGUAAUGACUCGGCGACUCAACCAAGUUCCUCUAACGUGGAGCCUAUCGUAUCAGAGAUGCCUACAAUUAUUUUGCCACUAGUACAUCGAAACGACAUGACUCCAACACAGCGCGCUGAUACGCACAUUACAGUAGUACCUACUGAGGCGGAGCCGGAACCGAUUCCUACCACUGAUGCGACUCCAUGUGAAGAAAGCCAUGAAGUGGCUGGACAGCACGCAGAGCAGCAACCCGGAAUCAGCUCACUCGAAUCUCCACACUCUGAGCAAACUGUGGCAUGCCAGGCAGAGCCUACGUCAGAGUCGGCCGGAGAACUCGCCGAGCGGUUUGAGUCACCUGACUCUUCUCCAACUGCUGAGCCGCCUCCCCCGAGGAGAAAUCGAAACAUAGUUAAUUACAAACAAUAUUUUUAGGCUAAGGGUGGAGGGAUGUUAGUAUAAGAGUGCGGCUGCGCCCGCAUGCAAAUUAGUCGAAUAGAUGCACCUACGCGAGA